UUGCGGCUUUUCCUACCCGACGUAAAAAUGCACAGUUAUGUUAUGUAUAUUAAACUUUGUCUCCACUAGCACUUGUUUAGUUUCCCGCUUUCGGCUACAUUGCCAACAGGUUUUCGGAGCAUCGCGAUGGCGCUGAUCUGGGUGACCUUAAGCUUGCUGGUAUUAGCAACCGUUGGGGUUGAGCGUUCCUCCACCGCCUCCAUUCCCAAAUUGGAGAAAAAUACAACAGCCCAAUCGAAAAAGGAUUUAUACCCUGGGACUGUAGCAGAUAAAUUUCCACCUUCGAAGUCAGUUUUGGGAAGAUAUGCCAAACAGGCUGUGGCCGCCGAUUCGGUCGAAUGCUCGGAAAUGGGAAACGAUGUUCUGAAAAAAGGAGGAAAUGCCAUUGAAGCAGCCAUCACCACCUCGUUGUGUGUCGGUAUUUACGACCCGCAAAGCUGCGGUUUGGGCGGGGGUCAUUUCAUGGUGAUAUACAACCGGAAGAACCAAAGUGCCACCACAAUCAACGCACGAGAAAUGGCCCCAGCUGCGUCUACGACCUUCAUGUAUGUGGACAACAAGAACAUUUCCUCCAUCAAAGGAUGGCAUGCGGCCGGCGUACCAGGUGAACUUGCUGGACUCUGGGCAGCGUACCAGUAUUCUAAAUCAGUCGGCGGGAAACUACAGUGGAAAGAUCUUUUUGCACCGGUCAUAAAAGCACUGCAACAAGGGAUUCGCAUUAAUAACCGUCUUGCCUUCGCAAUUCGGGUUGCCAAGGACGAUAUCUUGGGAGGCUACGAUAAGGGCUUGACCACGUUGUUCGCACCAGGCGGCAGGCUACUGGUCGAAAAUCAGACCUAUGCCAACGAAAAAUUGGUCAAUACCAUGCAGAUGAUUGCGGAUGACCCCGAAGGAAUAAAAGAGUUUUACACCGGCCGAAUCGCCGAAAACUUGGUUAAUGACAUAAAAAAUGGAGGUGGUAUAAUUACUCUGGACGAUAUGCAACAGUACACGGCCGCUGUAGAACCGGCUAUCCACACUACUUUACAAGAUAAUUCUCUUUUGUACACCAUUCCGCCGCCUUCAAGCGGGCUUAUACUGCAGUAUAUGGUGAAAGUUAUGGAUGGCUACUACGGCAAUGUGAGUCUCGAUUGGCGCACUGCAAAGCAGACUGACCGGGAUUUGUUCAACCAACGCCUGGUGGAAACCAUGAAAUACGGUUAUGCCCGCAGAACCGAACUCGGUGACAAAGAUUUUCAGGCGGAAGUACAGGAGAUUGAAGAAGCACUGCUCAAUCCGUGGUUGGCCGAUUUUACACGGCGAUCCAUUAUGGAAAAUAAGACCUCUAAUGAUACGAGCACCUACGGUGUUAAAACUGUUGCUAAAAUUGGCAAAACAGGAACGUCGCAUCUCUGUGUUCUGGAUAAAGAUGGAAAUGCCGUCUCGUUAACUACGACAAUCAACACAUUCUUCGGGUCGCGGCGUUUGUCGCAGUCUACCGGAAUACUUCUCAACAACGAGAUGGACGACUUCAGUGUAAAUCCGAACGAACCAAAUUUUUACGGUUUACCGCCAUCCAAAGCCAAUUAUGUGGCGCCUCACAAGCGGCCACAGUCCAGCAUUUCCGGAACCAUAGUGGCUGAUCGACAUGGUGACGUCACAUAUGUAAUUGGAGCCUCGGGUGGAUCGCGAAUAAUUUCCGCAACGGCCAGCGUUCUCAUGCGGGCAAUGUACCUCGGUCUGAACAUCAAGGAAGCUAUCGAUCAUCCUCGAUUGCACCACCAACUGUUGCCCAUGCACCUGGAGUACGAACCAGGAACGCGACGAGCUGACGUCGUAAGCCUCGUGCAAAAAGGGCACAAAGUGGACACGAGCCACAUGCAGGAAGCGCCGUAUGCGGCUGUGCAGGGAAUUCACAGGCUGGCCGACGGCAGUUUAGAGGCCAAUAGCGACUUUCGAAAAGGAGGAAGACCGGCGGGAGAAUAACGCUAACGCCACAAGAAGAAGGAACGGAGGAUUUUCUAACGCUAAGGAGAUAUUUUGCUUAUUGUUUCAAUACUUGCUAAACUGCACUGAUGGUGGUUAGGUGGCAUUGAUAGAUAUUUUGAGCAUUGAUAUCAAGUAUAAUAAAAAU